GGCUUGACUUCCUCCUUUAGCACGGCCGUGCGCUGGAACACAGAAAUUGACUGGUGCUACUCAGUUUCCCAGCAGUAGCAUUAGAAACAAUCUAGCACGCACGCUGGAUUCUCGCUGCUCCGGCACCCGGCCGACAAGAUGAGUGCAGGAGAUGUGGUCUGCACCGGCUGGCUCAUCAAAUCUCCCCCUGAGAAGAAAUUAAAGAGAUAUGCUUGGAGGAAACGCUGGUUUGUGUUACGCAGGGGUCGUAUGAGCGGGGACCCCGAUGUGCUGGAGUACUACCGCAGCAAGAGCUCCAAGAAGCCCAUCCGCACCAUCGACCUGAAGGAGUGCGAGGUCCAGAUGCAAACGGAGGUGCGGCUUAUCAGACGCGAGUUCCAGAACCAGCACCUGUUCGUGGUGAAAACGUCCUCCCGUGUCUUCUACCUGGUGGCCAAGACCGAGGAGGAGAUGAACAGCUGGGUGCGCAGCAUCGGCCAGAUCUGUCAUUUCGGCCCACUGGAUGACGGAACAGACUCAGUGGACAGCUUUUCUCACACCCCGUCUCCCCAGCAGCCCUCCCCAGCCAUCUCCUCUCAUAUCUCUCGCAUCCCCAGCCACGACUUCGCCGCCGAUGGCAACACGACAGAAGAGAGUCGCAGUGAGUCCGAGUCUAGCCUGCCCCUGGACUACCUCUUUCUGUCACAGUGCGAGACCGGGAGGGCCAGCGUCACCAGAUGCAACAGCUGUUCAAACUCAGAGAGGUCCCUGGAGCAGACCUCUUCAGACAACACGUUUGAGGAUGUCUUCUCCUCCCCCUUCAGCACCAAUCCCGUCUUCUCUCCGUUCCUCCCAGCCGGGGUGUCAGAGCCCCCCCUAAGCGCCCCCUGUGCAUCCACGCCCCUGGACAGGCUCUGCGACUUCUCCUCCUCCACCUCCUCCCCUCGCGCCCUCCACGCCGGCCCGGACAUUUUCCAAUUCGACAAGCCUUUCUCCGCCCCGGCGCUGGAGGGGAGCACCGACGGGCAAACGCCCCCCCCUCGACCCCCCAAGCCCAGCCGCUUCUCAGAGCGUCGGACUGACGACGGCUGCCGCUGCACAGUGCAGAGGAGCGGCGAGGUGCUGUUAGCGGGACAACCUACAGCCAUCCCGAGGAGGAUCUCACUAGCCGGUCUCGACCACGUCAGAAGAGGGGAGUUUGAGAGCAGCUCAGUGAGAAGUUGGAACAAAAGACUCAGUCUUAAUUUGCCUCGCCCAAUCACUGUUCACAGUCCAAGCUGGCCGGACUCCAAUGAAGACUCCUAUGUCCCCAUGAACUCUGGUGCUUCGACUCCUCUCGGCACCUUUGACCCAGCAUCAGACGGGUACAUCCCCAUGAGCCCCAACUCCACCAAGCUGCUCAUGUCCAACGGCAAUGCCGACGCAACCCCACCUCCCACUCCCAUGCGUGGGUUGUCAGUCGACCUGGAGCCCCCUCCUGUGAACCGGGACCUCAAGCCCCGCAGGAGAGCGAGACCCCCACCUCUUGACCUGCGGGGUCUGUCCACAAUCCGGGAAUGCCCCCCCCAUCUCCCCCUGACAAGGACCCUGACGGAACCAGGCCGCCUGAUUCAUUGUACCCCAUUGGACAGAAGACGUGUGAUGGGGGGAAUUCCAGGAGAUCCAGAUGACAGCAGCAUUCCAAUGGAGUCCAGGCAGCUGUUCUUCCCUGCAAACGGGAGUGCUGCCUUUCCCUGGCCUCGGAGAUCGAACCUUGACUACCUUUCACUGGACUUCAAUUCGGCAUCCCCUUCGCCUGUGCAGAAGAAACCUUUUCUUGCUGAUGAGCACAGAGUGGACUAUGUGCAGGUGGAUGAAAAGAAGACUCAGGCCUUGCAGAACACUAAAAUGGAAUGGAAGGAUGUCCGUCAAUCCAAAGUGUAGAGCAUGCUGGGAAACACAGAAGGGAAAAAAUAUCACUGGACCACACAGCCCACUAAAAAUAACCAGCAUGAGGCUGUAUUUCGGAAAUUUUUAAGAGCGAUAAACCAUUCACUGUUUUAGGUGCCACUCUUCGAUUUUUCUCACAAUAUUACUAUGGUACAACAACAAAACAACUUCCCUAAAGUCAGAGAUAUGCAGAGAUAAUUGCACUAAAAAUACAAAGCAUUUGAAUAUUUAAGUUGCAUUCAGUAUUGUAUUACAGGAGAACA